AUGGACCCAAUCUCGGCCCUGAGUCUAGCGGCGAACAUCUUCGCCGUCAUCAGCUUUUCUGGCGAGGUGUUAAAGACCGCGAGACAGAUCCAUGCCAGUGGGGCGACUGAACACCACACUGAGCUCGCGGUGCUUGCCACCGGCAUGCGGGGCACAGCAAGACGUCUGACCGUCUCGCUUAGAAGCUCACAGAACGAUGUGGACGACACCCGUGUGAAAAAAGCUGACAGGGAGCUGAUCCAACUUGCCCUUGAAUGCGAGAAGCUGGGGUCCCACCUAUCCAGCCUGCUCGACACCAUCGGGUCCACGGAGUCAUCGAAAUGGGGAACGAUAAGGAAGACGUGGCAGACGAUUCUGAGCAAGAGUGAGAUAGAGAGGAAGGAAAAGAGCCUAGAGGCAAUGCGUGGUCAGCUAAACCUCGGGAUCACGGUCAGUCUCCGCGAGAGGAUCGACGCCGAGGCAGACUUGAGCCGCGACAGGUUCAGGGCCCUCGACAAACAGACAAAAGACAUCGCUAUGAACUUUCUUCAAAGUCAGCACGGUAUGAACGCGAUCAUGCAACAACAGACAAGAAAUCAUCAAGAGAUCAUGGCCAGACUAAAUGGCCAGAAUCACCCAUCAGACCCAGAUGGAGAUUAUUACAGCCCCCGCGCCUCAGCUUCACGGGCUAUGAUGCGCAAGCUCCAUCGAGUAAAGCGUGUCUUUCAUAGCUCGCUCUGGUACGAAACGAUGGAGGACAGAGAGCAGACCAUACUUCCCGCAUACAACCGCACGCUGAACUGGAUCUUCAAGAGCGAAGGCUCGCCUAGACGAGAAAGAUUACCCUGGGAUGACUUCAACAACUUUUUGUCUAAGGACUCCGGAACCUACUGGGUGACCGGCAAGGCAGGUUCUGGCAAGAGCACCCUGAUGAAGUUUGCCAAUCUCAACCCGAGUCUAGAUGCUGCCCUGCAAACGUGGGCUGCUGGACGCCCGCUAGUCAAGGCCUCUUUCUACUUCUACUACUUGGGAACGACCAUGCAGAAGUCUCUUGCUGGACUGUUGAGGUCAAUAGUCCUAGCAUUGAUCAAAGCCGAUCAACAUUCCGCGAACGAACGGAGGAAGCCUUCCAAAAAGAAUGGGGUCGUCAGCGCCAGGGAUGAUCCUACAAUCCAAGAUCUGGAAGAUUCUAUGGCAACCAUCAAACUUGGCUUCCCCGAACGGUACGACUUUCUCAUGUCGUCGACUGAAAAUGCAGAGCUAUUUCAGCCAACCCUACCCGAGCUAGAAACUGCAUUGGAGAACAUCAUCAAAGGAUCACCAGAUACGUGCUUCUUCCUCUCGAUCGAUGGUUUGGACGAGUACGAUGCAGGGACGGUCGAUAUGAGCCAGCUAGUCGAGUCCAUGAAGGCGAUCUGCAAGUCCAGGAAUGUCAAGUCAGUUCUGUCCAGUAGGCCGUGGCCAGUCUUCGAGGACGCGUUCGCCCAAUGUCCGAAACUUCGUCUUCAUGACCUUACUCACGCCGACAUACGGUUCUACGUCACGGAUAAGAUGAGAUCUCACCCUAAUAUGCAAGAUCUAUUGGUAUCUUCCAAGGAGGAAUCAGACGCUUUGAUCGAGGAGGUUAUUGAAGCGUCAGCCGGUGUCUUCCUCUGGGUUCGACUGGUCAUUCAAGACCUUUUAGAAGGGCUGAUUAAUAGCGACAGUAUACCAGAUUUGCAAAUACGUCUGCGUGGGCUACCAAAGGACCUUGAAGAACUUUAUGGCGUUAUGCUAAGAAGAACACCGGCCGCAUACAGGACUCAGACGUCACGUCUCCUCCAGCUCGCCUUGUCAGGGUGUAAAGACGAGUGGGAAUUGAGCCCUCUAGGCCUUCACUACGCAUUAGAGUUGGACGAGGAUGCGGUAUUGCGGGCUCCUAGAAAGCCUCUGACCAGAUCUGAGAAGAGGAUCGCUCUCAAAACUCUGGUCCGCCGUCUCCAGAGCCGAUGCAUGGGGUUCGUGGAGGUGAUCCCGUUCCAGGCCAAGACGCUGGGAAAUAGAUUCUUCAAGCCCAGAACAGCUUCUGUCGGGCCAGACAGGUACGACAGUGGAGAAAAUCUCAAGGUCGUGCGUUUCGUCCACCGGUCAGCCACAGACUUCUUACUCAAGCCAGACAUGUGGCGCGAGUUUGUCGAGGAAUGGGGAGCAGCAAAAGUAUCUGAUUUCGACCCGUCAACUGCAUUGAUGGCCUCAGCGGUACACGCAGUGAAGAGGUUCCGCUACGACACCACCCAAGAGUCCCUGGAUACUCUGGGCCGACUGGCCCUCUACGCCGGCCGACGAGCUCUUCUGGCCGAGGAAAGUACCGGGCUAGCCUCCCCGAGACUUUUGCUUGAGCUGGAUCGGGUGAUGAAAAGAUACUACGAGAAGUUCAAGGACAAACACGAGACACAAGACGGUAUCCUUCCGUACGCAUUGCGACUGUCAUUGGUCAACGCUCUGCUUUGA